GGCACCUCCUGCACUGGCGUCAGACACCAGAUCCGCCGCCGAGAGGGCUACAACUGCCCUAACCACGGUGGCUAGAUAGUUCCAUGCUAUGCCCUUUCCCCCUCCUCCUCCGGGGGGUGGGUGCCACAGGUUAGGUUGAUUGCUACUCUACCUUACUAGCUAUAUUGAACAGCAUGUAAGGUAGUAAGCAUGUAUGAGGAGAGGAAGGAAGGGGAAGAAGAGAUCCAGAUCUGGGUUGUUUCGAUGACAAUGAUUUUUUUUUUUACCCAUUAUCGAUAUCCGCCCUCGUGUGUGUCUUGUCUGGAGAUAUUCGCGCGCAGACACAAUGGGGGCGGAUAUUAAGACAAAAGUGACAACCGGAUCUGAGAUGGGGACGGACGGUUAUCUGGCAUCUUCUGUUUCUUUUUUCGUCUUUUUUUUCCCCCUAUUUUCCCUUUUUGAGUUUCAGUUUUCGAUUUCAUAUUUUGGUUCCCUUUGUUCGCGACUAGCCUGUUGCGAAUUGCAAAGAAAAAAAAAUCAGAAAAAAAAUCACCAGGGAGGACAAUUUGAAGUUUUGAAUUGGCAUCGCUCGCACCUGAUUAUCCUGUUUGUUUGUCUCUUCAUCUGUUCUCGUUAUCGUCAUCAUCUGUCGUUGUCAUUGAGAUUAUUUCGGUUUUCUUUCUUUUUUGCUAUUUUUCUGUUUCAUCAUCGCCGCACACACCCCAGAUUUGCAUCAUCUGCAUAAGUUAGUCAGUUCGUUAGUUUUUUUGUUUCUUAUUCUCUUUGUUCCCUUUACGUUUCAUACCACUUCCUUCCC